AUUCGGUGUUUCCUUCAUGAACUCAAAAGCCUCACCCCUUCCCCUUCCUUGCAUGCUUGUCUAGUGGCAACCAAAAUCCAAAAGCAUACCAGCAAGUCGUGUAACCGUGACCGAGAUAACCAUGGAGUCAAGCCAAACGCCCCCUCAAGGCCUAACUCAAGAAGAGUAUGCGGAGCUGAAGCCUCUCAUUGACACAUACCAUAAAUUUGAGCCAACACAAAACACUUGCAUAUCGCUAAUAACGCAGCGUAUCGACGCCCCAACUCAAGCCGUGUGGCCUUUCGUUCGAAGCUUCGAAAACCCCCAAAAAUACAAACACUUCAUCAAGAGUUGUAACAUGACCGGUGAUGGCAGCGUUGGAAGCAUUAGAGAAGUCACCGUUGUUUCAGGUCUUCCUGCUUCGACAAGUACUGAAAGACUAGAGAUUUUGGAUGAUGAAAAGCAUAUACUAAGCUUUAGGGUUGUUGGAGGUGAGCAUAGGCUGAGGAACUACAGGUCAGUCACUUCGGUCAAUGAGUUUCAUAAGGAAGGGAAAGUUUACACCAUUGUUUUAGAGUCUUAUAUAGUGGAUAUACCAGAAGGGAACACUGGGGAAGAUACAAAAAUGUUUGUGGAUACAGUUGUGAAGUUGAAUCUGCAGAAGCUUGGGGUUGUGGCAAUGGGUUCUCUUCAUGAACAUGAUUGAGAAGAUAUUGAUAAGAUGAUGAGAAGAAGAUUGAAGUCGGUUGGAUGAGUAAGAUUCU